CCUGCCGAUAUGCAGUGCUCGAGAUGACAAUCGGCGUGUAAACGGUGAGAGAACGAACGCUCGGGCCACGUGGUGCUCGUCGGGAGUUUUCUCGUCACACGUCGGGUCUUGACGGCACCCUGCACUUCCGUGGAACAUCGUCCGGGGUAGAAGUCGAAAUGUUGUGAUGGCUGGAACGUCCCGACGUCCGAGCUCAGAGCUCGGACACGAUUUGUCGUCCCCGACGCCGCCAAAGAAAUCGAAAUUCGCCGAGGCGUCGAGCGAGGAGUCGCCGGAGAAGGAGCGCGAGCUGAGCACCGAGGAAUUGAAGAGCGUGGAGAAGUUGGCGAGCUCGGUGGCGGCUUCGUUGUCGGGAAAGGCGAAGGAGCUGGUUAGCCCGUUCGAGAUCAGCGAGGAAUCGUUGGACAACACGAAACAACUGAUCCAAACUAGUUUGGAAGGGCCGGCAAAGGUCACGGCUGGCUCGUCGAAGGAAGGACACUUCGGCAGCUUCGAAACGAUCGCUCAGAUGAAGUAUAGCUGCCAGCAGGAGCAUUCCGGGGGCCCGAGCAAGAGGCCGGAGACGGACAGCGACAUGCAAAUCCAAACGUCGCUGUUGGGCGAGGACGCGCUCUACCAGGAUCUGUCGCUGAUCGGGAACGGUGCCUACGGUACCGUUUACAAGGCCAAGGAUUUGAACACGGGACAGGUUGUCGCCCUUAAGAAAGUCAGAGUGCCUCUGACCGAGGACGGGCUGCCUACAUCCACGUUGAGAGAAAUCGCCACCUUGAAACAGCUCGAGAGAUUCGAGCACCCGCAUAUCGUAAGAUUGCUGGACGUCUGUCAAGGGAAUUACCUGCACUUGCCCUCCGCCGAUGGAAGGACGGAGAGGUUAGAUCGGGGACUCACAUUGUGGCUGGUGUUCGAGCACGUGGAAAGGGACCUCGCGUCGUACAUGUCCUCGUGCCCGCGGCCGGGCAUCCCGUCGCAACUAGUAAAACGGAUGUCGAAGGAGAUACUGAGGGGUGUCGAGUUUUUACACAGUCACAGGAUCAUACACAGGGACUUGAAGCCUCAGAAUUUACUAGUGUCGAGGGAAGGGAGAAUAAAGAUCGCGGACUUCGGCCUGGCGAAGACGUACGAUUUCGAAAUGAGACUGACUUCCGUGGUCGUGACGCAAUGGUAUCGCGCCCCUGAAGUGCUUUUAGGCUGCUCUUACGCGACACCUGUCGACAUUUGGUCCGUAGGAUGUAUAUUGGCAGAACUGAGUCGACUGGAGCCUCUGUUCCCGGGCACGAGCGAAGGCGACCAGCUCGAUAGGAUUUUUCAAGUGAUAGGAACCCCAUCGCAAGAGGAAUGGCCCGAGAACGUGUCCCUCAGUUGGACAGCUUUCCCUUGUAGACAACCAAAACCUCUAGCGGCAAUAAUACCUGAUCUCAGCGAAGACGGACUAGAUUUAAUUAAAAAUCUGCUUAUGUUCGAUCCUCAUAGUCGAUUGACCGCGGCUCGGGCCCUCAGACACCGAUACUUUACCGAAGACGACUCGUGAUGACGACUAAUUUUCUUUUCGUGAGUAUUCCGUAGGUGUUUAUUUGUUUCUUAAACACAGACUGACGUUGCGGUUUCCAAAAAUACGUAAGCACAUUUACGUAUACGAACGUUACAGUACUUUUCUAUUUUCUUUUUUUGUCUAUCUUUUUCUACUAUGUAAGAUAGUAUAGUGUCCCGCGAGUAUAGUACGACACGGAUUUUUGUAAGUAGGUAGGGCUUAUGAAUAUUCUAUUCUUAUUUAGAAAUUACAAUCGUAAAGCACGUUUGUUAUAGCGUAUGAAACUAUCAUCAUAUUUAAUUCACACGGCCAUCACAUUACUUCAAGUAUCAUCGUAAUUUAAUUAUAUAUAGUUGUUAUCUCACGGCAAAUAAUAACUUUUUUUUUUAUCGUUAUUGUAUUUAGUGGUAGCACUAUUAAUAUGGUAUUUAUUUAGGUAACGUUAUUUUUUCAUUUUUUUCAUUUUCAUUACCAUUUACGUUAUGGUACCUUUGAACAAUGCAAGGCACAAUAUUCGUGAACCUAACCUAAAAUUAUGUUAUCCGACGAUAAAAUAGGCGUGCCUUCCAAAGUCGUAAAAAUGUUCGUAACCCAUGCCUUAAUAUUCUAUGUAGUUAAAUUUAGUGAUAAGCGUACUAAUAAGUAGUGUUAUUCUUGUAAGACUGGGGCCUUUCUUGACCCGUUAGAUUCGUCGGAAAGACAUAAGAUAUUCUGCGUAAGAAACCAGAAAGUACACUGCCAUAUGUAUGUAAAGCAAAUUAUUAAUAGCGUUUAAUAACGUAAUUGUAUGUUCAGUAUGUGUAUAAAUCUAAACUUUGCGAGCAAUAUUUAUAUACACCU